AUUCGAUCUCUCUUCUAAACCCUCAGAAUUUCUUGCUAUAUAUUAACUAUACCACAAACAGAGCAUCAACACGUACAUGCCGAACUCCAACCUCUAGAAAUUGAACUGCGCGCAACAAUGUUCAAAGAUGGAUCCCCAUCAUGUCACCCACAUUAUUUUUUAACUCACUCUCUUCUUCUGCUGGCUCUAAUUGCUGCUGCAGCUCUCAGUGUUAAUGCUGUUCCAGCAGAAGAUGAUCAUGAGCAAAAGAAAUUUUAUAUUGUUUACUUAGGAGAUCGUCACAAUGAUGAAGAAUCUGCCGUCCAAACUCACAUUGAUCUCCUCUCCACGGUGAAAGGAAGUGAUGAAGAUGCUAAGGACUCCAUCAUCCAUAGCUACACGAAGAACUUUAAUGCAUUUGUAGCAAAGCUAUCUGCAAAUGAAGCCAACGAGCUAUCAAGCAUGGAGAGAGUUGCGUCUGUCUUCCCGAAUCGAUAUCACAAGCUCCAGACCACACGAUCUUGGGAUUUUAUUGGGUUGCCUCAAAAUGCAAGAAGAAAAUUGAAAAUGGAAAGCGACAUAGUUGUGGGUUUGCUAGAUUCAGGGAUCACCCCACAGUCAAGCAGUUUUAAAGACACCGGAUUUGGUCCUCCACCCAAAAAAUGGAAAGGAGGUUGCGGACGAUACGCUAAUUUCUCGGGAUGCAACAACAAGCUCAUAGGAGCCAAAUUCUUCAAACUGGAUAGAGUGAAAGACGAGGCUGACAUAGCAUCUCCGGUGGACGUGAACGGCCACGGCACGCACACGUCGUCGACGCUAGCAGGAAGCGCCGUCGCAAAUGCAAGCCUCUUUGGGCUGGCACAGGGCGUGGCGCGCGGGGCCGUGCCGUCCGCCAGAGUGGCCAUGUACAAGGUGUGUUGGAUAAGCUCCGGUUGCUCCGACAUGGACAUUCUCGCGGGGUUCGACUCGGCCAUACACGACGGCGUUGACGUAAUCUCCCUAUCGAUCGGCGGCUAUUAUGCUAGGUACACGGAGGACUCAAUAGCAAUAGGAUCGUUCCAUGCCAUGAGGAAGAACAUUGUCACGGUGGCUGCCGCCGGAAAUGGUGGACCCUCCCUGGGCACACUGGUGAACACUGCUCCCUGGCUUCUCACCGUUGCGGCUAGUGGAAUUGAUCGGCAGUUCCGGAACAAAGUUGUGCUGGGCAAUGGCCACACAGCCUCGGGCACUGGAAUAAACACUUUUGAUACAAGUAAAAAAUUACAACCUCUUGUUCGUGGGAUUGAUAUAGCUAAGGAUUCUAGCUCAAAGGAGAGUGCAAGGUUUUGUUAUGAAAACUCAUUAGAUCCUGCUAAGGUGAAAGGGAAGAUUAUAUACUGCGAAAGAGACGGCCAAACGGAUAUGACAGUUAAAACACUUGGAGGCGUCGGCGCGAUCAUUGAUGACCCAAGUGAUUCGGAGUCGGCCACAAUUUACGUAACACCGGCGAUAGCAGUGAAUGCCACUGUUGCUAAAUCCAUUGACACUUAUAUAGACUCAACAAAAUCAGCAUCAGCAACAAUAUGGAAAUCCGAGGAAGAAAAAAUGGUAGCUCCCUUCGUCGCUUCUUUUUCUUCUCGAGGUCCCAAUCCCGGAUCAAACCACCUUCUCAAGCCGGAUAUUGCUGCACCCGGCGUCAGCAUUCUAGCAUCAUACACACCAUUGAGGUCAAUUACUGGGUGGUAUGCGGAUACCCGACACUCCAAAUUUAACUUGUUGUCCGGUACUUCAAUGGCAUGCCCCCACGUCGCUGGAGUGGCUGCAUAUGUCAAAUCCUUCCACCCAGAUUGGUCUCCGGCUGCGAUCAAAUCUGCCAUCAUAACUUCUGCAAAACCCAUGAGCUCAAGGGUGAACAAGGAAGCAGAGUACGCUUAUGGUGCUGGUCAAUUGAACCCAAGAAACGCUGUGAGCCCAGGCCUAGUCUAUGACACUAACGAGGAGUCCUACAUUCGAUUCCUAUGCCAAGAGGGUUACAAUGCAUCCUCUUUGCGUGUUCUGGUUGGCUCAAAACCCAUAAACUGCUCUGCGCUACUUCAAGGAGCAGGCUACGAUGCAAUUAACUAUCCCACCAUGCACCUCACCGUAACCAAGAGGGCUAGACAACCAACCAUAGGCAUUUUCCAGAGAAUUGUUACUAAUGUUGGUCCUCCUAACUCAACAUACAAAGCUAUUAUUAGAGCUCCCUAUGGGGUUGAAGUUAGCGUAGAGCCCACGAUUCUCACUUUUUCACUUGCGUCGGAGACGCAGAGAUUCAAGGUUGAGGUGAAGGCAAGUCCCAUGUCACAGCGUACACAAAUGCUAUCAGGUUACCUAGCAUGGAAAAGCGAUCGACAUGUUGUAAGGAGCCCUAUAGUUGUUCGUAAUCCAAAUUACACAGUAAGGGAGCAUGCAUAUGAUCAGUGAAUGGAAUGAAAGAUGACCUUGGAAGGAAAGAUGACCCACUCACUACUAUGUGCUUUGCCAAUAUUGUACAUUUGUUUAAUCUACUAUUCUAGUUUUAAGAGUGCAUUUGCGAAUGACUAAUGUAUCCAUCUAUCAAAAUCGAAAAAUGAUAUUCAAAAUACAGUUAAUGAUUCUUAUUUA